AAAAUUGUGUUUAACACCUUCCUUUCUCGUUCAUCACCAACCCAAAAUGGAUACUGGAGUUAUUUACCACUACAGGCGAUCCGCCUCUCGCCUAACAAUAGCUGCGCACUUGUUCGGCAUCUUGGCUUUCAUUCUCAUGCUGAUUUGGUUGUUGCAUUAUCGUGGAGGAAUCGAGUAUGAUUCUGACAAUGUUGAUCGUGUUUUCAAUGUUCAUCCUUUUAUGAUGUUUUGCGGAUUCAUCUUUCUUGUUGGUGAAGCGAUGAUGGUGUACAAGACAGUACCAGCGUCACACAGUGUUCAGAAAUUUUUUCACAUGAUACUUCAUCUAAUUGCUAUAUGUCUUGGAAUUGUUGGGAUUAGUGCUGUUUUCAAGUUUCAUGACAUGGUAAACACCGAGGAUGUGUAUAGCUUGCAUUCGUGGAUUGGCAUAGGCACCUUCUGCUUGUUUGGCUUGCAGUGGCUUUUUGGGUUGUUCACAUUUACGGUUCCACAACCUUCAGAUGCUAGGGCAAGCAUGCUUCCAUGGCAUAUAUGUGGAGGUAGGGCACUCCUCUACAUGGCCAUUUGUGCAGCUCUAACUGGGUUGAUGGAGAAAUCUACAUUCAUGCAGGAGAAACAUACUCGAGAAAAUCAUUUAAUGAACUUCACUGGAUUAUUCAUCCUCCUCUUUGGCAUUUUCAUCGAUCUCUCAGUUGCUCUUGCUCGUUACGUGUGAUUAAUUAUUUAAUUAUCAUUAUCACUUUAUCAUUAAUAUUUUUUUUGAUUUGUGCGUGAAUUUUUGAAUAUUGAUUCAAGGCUUGCAUAUAUUUUGGAUUGUUAUUGUAAUAGUAAUAUCAAUAAUGUUGUUUGUUUUCGCUCUUUUGCAAACGUAACAACAUGUGUUGAUUGAAGAUAAAUAUUGAAACAAUUAGCAUUUUCUAAA